GGAGGAGGAGGAGUCUGUUUGUUGACAUCGGACGAAAACCGAAAUCAGAUGAGUGAAGACUGGUGAUAAUACUGAAUUUCUCGCCGUCAUCGAGACACGCAGCCUCGGCUGAAGCUCAGGCCUCCAAGGUCCCCUGCUCUGCCCUGUCUGUGAUCUGAGCCAGAGAAGAAGAGGCAAACAUGGCAGCCAAAGCAGGAGACAACCCCGACAGCCUCAUGACUCUGGCGACAGCGUUCUGCCUGAGGAACCUCAGAAAGACGAUGUGCUACCAGGGCUCCAGGAACAAACUCUGCCUGCGCUCGGACAUCUUCCUCCCCAGUGAGAUCUGCGACAAGCUCGUCAACACAUAUAUGGAGUUGGUCCACACAGACAGCAACUUUAAAUCAGAGGAGAGUUUCUUCCAGCUGUUCUCAGACCCUCGCAGCACCAGACUGACCCGGGUCCAGCUCAGAGAGAACUCAGUACAUGACAGAGAUCUGGAGGCCAUCAGAAAACAGGACCUGAUUGAGCUCCACCUCACGUACUGCAACAGUCUGUCAUCCUGCAGUUUAAAAACUCUGACGUGCUUCAGGGAGACGUUGGUUUCUCUUUGUCUGUUCGGCUGCAGUCACAUCUUCUACAGGAAGGGCGGCGCCCCACUCGCCUGUAACGAGGACACAGACGAGGAGGAGGACAGGACCCCGGCUUCUCGACAAGCUUUAGAGACAGACUUUAACUUCCAGGGGUUCAACCGCCUCAGGUUGCUCAACUUAGGUGGUCUGUCGGAAGAGGUGGAUGCAGAGACCCUCCUCAAACCCCUGAAGUCCCUCACCUCUCUAGAUCUUUCCAAUGUUCAGCUGCCGGGGACGGCUUUUCUCACACAGUGGAAAGACAGACUGGCAUCUCUUGUUCUCUACAAUGUGGACCUGUCAGAGGAGCUGGUCAGCACGGUGGUGGAGAUCAAUAAUCUCAGGCAUCUCGACAUCUCGCGGGAGAGCCGGCGGAGCUCAAAGUUCAAGAUGACAAGAAAAAUCCUCACUGCCAUCGUGCAGCGGCUGGUCAACUUGGUGUCUCUGGACAUCUCAGGCCACAUCAUGCUCGACAACUGCACGGUGCCGCACUUUGAGGAAGCUAUGGGUCGGCCCAGCAUCGAGCCGUGUAAGAGCAGCAUCUAUCCCUUCCAGGAGCUGAAGAGGCCGCUGCAGUUUCUGGGUUUAUAUGACACCACCCUCUGUAAUGUGACACACAUACCUGCUUAUAAGGUGACUGGAUCAAAAAACGAGGACCAAGUCCUGAACGCGAUCGAGACGUACACAGAGUUUCGUCCUGAGCUCGCCCACAGAGCCAUCAAUCAGCUGUUUGACAUCGCCAGGAUACAACACUGCAGCCAGCUGCUCCGAGCUCUGCAGCUGGUCAUCGCAGCUCUGAAGUGUCAUAAAUACGAUAAGAGCAUCCAGGUGACGGGCAGCGCCGCUCUGUUCUACCUGACCAACACAGAGUACCGCAGCGAUCAGAGCGUGCGGCUGCGCAGGGAGGUGAUUCAGGUGGUGCUCAACGGGAUGGAGGAGUAUCAGGAGGUCACUGUCCAGAGGAACUGCUGCCUGACUCUGUGUAACUUUAGCAUCCCAGAGGAGCUGGAGUUUCAGUACAGUCGAGUGAACCAGCUGCUGCUGAAGAUCCUGGAGCCGGCCCGACAGGAUGAGUCCAUCCAGAGGAUCGCCGUGCACCUCUGCAAUGCUCUGGUCUGCCAGGUGGACAACCAUCACAAGGAGGCCGUGGGGAAGAUGGGAUUCGUCAAGACGAUGUUGAAUUUAAUUCAGAAGAAGCUGCAGGACAGAAUGUGUGAUCAGGUGAUGGAGUUCUCAUGGAGCGCUCUGUGGAACAUCACAGACGAGACGCCCGACAACUGUCAGAUGUUCCUCAACUGUCGGGGCAUGAACCUCUUCCUGGAUUGUCUACAGGAGUUUCCCGACAAGCAGGAGCUGCAUCGCAACAUGCUGGGGCUUCUGGGGAAUGUCGCCGAGGUCAAAGCACUGAGGCCACAGCUGCUCACCCCACAGUUCAUCACAGUGUUCAGUAACCUGCUGGACAGUAAGGCAGACGGCAUCGAGGUGUCGUACAACGCGUGCGGCGUUCUCUCGCACAUCAUGUUUGACGGGCCUGAUGUCUGGUCGAUGGAAGAGCCAAAAAGAGACGCGGUGAUGGACAAGAUGUGGGACGCCAUCCAGAGCUGGGACGUCAGCUCACGACGCAACAUCAACUACAGGUCAUUUGAGCCGAUCCUGCGGCUGCUACCUCAGGGCAUCGCGCCUGUCAGUCAGCACUGGGCCACAUGGGCUCUGUUCAACCUGGUGUCAGUUUACCCGAGUAAGUAUUGUCCCCUGCUCAUAAAGGAAGGAGGAAUCAGUCUUCUGGAGAAAGUUCUGGAGCUUGAGAGCUCACAUCCAGAGACCAAAGACAUGGCCAGCAAAGUUAUGGAGCAGUGUGAAAACUUCAAAGACGACCCGAUGGAAACAAAUCCCGGACAGGACGUGAACUACGGACAGAGAGGCUGACCGCACAAAGGAGCCACGAUUCCCAGCAAACAUCAAGCAAAGCAAGCUAAGGCCCCUCCCACUGUCAUCACCACAAGAUGGGUCACUCGUGUGCGUUAUUCUUACUCCCAUCAUUCUUUUAUUUAGAGCAGAGACGUGUUUCUGACCCUCUUCACAAAAACUUAAUAUAUGACACAUAGGACUUAAGAUGUGGUGCAUGGUGUUUUGUUGUUGGGGGGGG